AUGGGGGGUCAUCUACUCAUUAAGCCUAAGCUUUCCCCUUUCACUAUGGAUAUACUGAAUCACCCGAUGACAAGGAUCAAAAUGCCGACCUCCAAGUAUGACGGCACUUCAGACCCGGAUGAUCAUGUGGCAGCCUACGAAGGCCACAUGUUCCUUUACACCGACGUGGACGCCAUCUGGUGUAAGGUCUUCCCUUCUACCUUGACGGGCAUAGCCCAGACGUGGUUCAAGAGUCUCAAACCUGAUAGCAUUUCUAGCUUCUCCCAGCUGUCGUCCACAUUCAGCACUCAUUUUGUUAGUAACAGACGCCGCGAGAGUACUACGGGAGAAUUACUCUCUGUCAAGCAAGGGGUUAAUGAGAGUUUAAGGGAUUAUAUUGGCCGCUUUAAUGUUGAGGCAGUCUCUAUUCCGCUACUACAACAGGAUGUAGCAGUGUUGGCUCUGAUGACUGGACUCAAGGAGGGGUCGCCAUUUCGGAAUUACCUGGGUCGAAAGUCUUACAGCACUUUGGGUCCCGUCCUGGGCAAAGCCAAUGAUUAUAUCAGAGGGGAAGAGUUUGACAAAGUUGUAGGCAACCGUGAAUCCGAUAAGAAGGAGGAAAAAUAG